CCAGCACUUGUCAUGGCGGCGCCCAGUGCUCUGUCCCGGUGUGUGGUGGCUCCAGCAGGAAAGCAUACGGCGUCUGUGAUCUUCCUGCACGGAUCAGGUGACUCAGGACAAGGGAUUAAAUCAUGGAUUAAAGAGAUAUUAAAACAGGAUCUAGCUUUUAAACAUGUUAAAGUCAUCUUUCCAACUGCCCCAGCACGGCCGUACACACCAAUGAGGGGAGCACUGUCCAAUGUUUGGUUUGACCGCCAUAAAAUAUCAUUUGAGAGUCCUGAACACCUUGAGUCUGUUGAUGCAAUGUGCCAUAUCUUGUCAAGCUUAAUCAACGAAGAAGUAAAUAUAGGAAUUAAGAAAAGCCGAAUACUCUUGGGAGGAUUUUCAAUGGGAGGAGCCAUGGCAAUGCAUUUAGCUUACAGGCACCACAAAGAGAUAGCUGGGGUAUUUGCUCUCUCCAGUUUUCUUAAUAAAUCAUCAGCUGUAUAUCAGGAGCUUGAAACAGAAAGUAAUCUGCCUGAAUUAUUUCAGUGUCACGGAAGUGCAGAUGAGUUAGUCUUGCAUUCAUGGGGUGAAGAAACUAACAAGAUGCUACAGACUCAUGGUGUGAUAUCUUCAUUCCAUAGCUUUCCAAACCUCUACCAUGAACUCUGCAAACCAGAGCUUGAGAAGCUAAGGUCCUGGAUUUUAAAGAAACUGCCAGAAGAUGCAGAAGAAACCAACUAGUUCAGCCUUAAUGGUGUCUAAGGCUUCAUACCUACAUAACGAAGGUUCUUGGGAAACCACUGUAUAGGGUUUCUUCAGUUCUGUUUCUACCUAUUUGCUUUGAUUACCAUAGAUCUGCUUUAGCUUGGAGAGAUUGUCAAUGUGUGCAGAGAAGAAAAAAAGUGCUCCCUCUUAUAAUGCAUUGCUGGUGCUCCAAUGUCACUCCCUGAAUUCUGUUAAAAGGAUGUUUACAUUUUUUUAAUAUAUAUAUUUAUUUUUUUUGCAUACCAGCUAUUUAGCACUGCAUAGCACAACAUCUACAUACAUAUUAACGGUGUUAUAAAUGUCAUUUUGGUAGCAAGAUUGCCAUUGUUUUGCAGUCCAUAUGUAUAUAUAUAUAUAUAUAUAUAUAUAUAUAUAUAGAUAUAUAUAUAUAGAUAUACAUACACAUUGAAAAGCUUCUUGAGUAUUCUGAUCUCCUUUGAGCUUAUCAAUUUGGGACAUAUAUAAGUAAACUGAUUUGACACUGCAAUUACUGUGCAGAAUGCUGCUGGGUCAGUAUUCUAGACCCUGCAAGAUCCACUCCUGAUUCCUUAUGUUCAAUAGAAAAGCACACAUUUAAGAGUUAACAUACAAAGGCAAAUCAGUCAAUUACAUCGAAAACCAUUUUACUACACAUAUAUAGACAUUUUUGGUGAAUUCACAUUUUGAGUUGAAUCCUAUUAAAAUUGGAAGUAUGAGACCCCUCUACAUGCAGAUCCCCAACAUUCCCCUGGUUUAUUCUUGGAGGGUUUCAGUUGUGCUCUUUUGUCCUGCUAGUCAGUAGACUUGUUUCUGAGGUGGUUUACCAAUUUCUUUCAUGUAAUUAGCAAGAGUCCAUGAGCUAGUGACGUAUGGGAUAUACAUUCCUACCAG